UUGAAUAAUAACAUGGCGAUCGUUUUUCUUUAGCUGUUUGUUUUCUAUGCUCGAAACACCCAUCAGUUUCCUUCUCUACGUGUCACAGGGCAGCGGCUGCUGUGCCCUCUAGGAACUGAUGCGUUAAUCACUUUAAUAAAUAGCCAAAGGAAACAUUCUUCAGCAACAGCACACACAUUUUGCUUUAUAAAGGCGAUCUGAUUUGGGGAACACAAGCCAAUUUAGAGCCUUCCUCCCAGUCUCAUCUACCAGUAGUGUCCUUAAAAAGGUUGGCCGUGUCAGGAAAUGAAGCAGUGCUGUCCCUGAGGUCGGCUUAAGUGCGAAUUGGCGUGAGCACAAGGAGGAGGUCACAGUAUCCCAUCUGGAAGCAGCAGUAAGGUACAUGGCUAAGCCCUGGACACCUGCUGUGCCUUACCCAGGAUUCCAUGGUCUGUCGUGGUGAAUCCUUGAUGCAUUUCACUCUUGGAUGCUGGUGACUCCCAGGCCUGAGACAUGGGUCUGGUCAGGCUGGGGUUUGGAAGGCAGCAUCUUUGUCUGUUAAAGAGAAGUUUCCUGCUGUUGAAACUCACCGCUGUCGUCUUUGCCGUGCUUCUGUUUUGUGAAUUUUUAAUCUAUUACUUAGUGAUCUUUCAGUGUGAUUGGCCUGAGGUGAAAACUGCAGCCCAUGGCAGUGGACAGAAGACUCUGAAAGCCAUGUUUUUGGCUGACACUCACUUGCUUGGGGAAGUACGAGGCCAUUGGCUAGACAAAUUACGAAGGGAGUGGCAAAUGGAGAGAGCUUUCCAGACAGCUCUGUGGUUGUUGCAGCCAGAAGUCGUCUUCAUUCUAGGGGACAUCUUUGAUGAAGGGAAGUGGAGCUCCUCCCAGGGCUGGGCAGAUGAUGUGAGGCGGUUUCAGAAAAUAUUCAGACACCCUCAGCACGUGCAGCUAAAGGUGGUUGCUGGCAACCAUGACAUUGGCUUCCAUUAUCAGAUGAGCACAUACAAAAUAAAACGAUUUGAGAAAGUUUUCAACCCUGAAAGGCUGUUUUCUUGGAAAGGAAUUAAUUUCGUGCUGGUCAACAGUGUGGCCCUGGAAGGCGACGGCUGCCACCUCUGCUCUGAGGCGGAAAGGGAACUCAUCGAGAUUUCUCACAAACUGAACUGCUCCCGAGAGGAACCUGGCUCCAGCCUGUGCAGAGGCCUGCAGCCGCUGCCAGGGUCAGCCCCGGUGCUCCUCCAGCAUUUCCCGCUUUACCGGAGCAGCGAUGCCAACUGUUCCGGGGAGGACGCUGCACCUCUGGAAGAGCGGGGCAUCCCCUUUAAGGAGAGAUACGAUGUGCUUUCCCAGGAGGCCUCACAGAAGCUGCUCUGGUGGCUCCGGCCCCGCCUCAUCCUGAGUGGCCACACACACAGUGCCUGCGAGGUGCUCCACGGGGCGGGAGUCCCCGAGAUCAGCGUGCCGUCUUUCAGCUGGAGGAACAGAAACAACCCCAGUUUCAUCAUGGGCAGUAUGACGCCCACAGAGUAUGCCCUGGCCAAGUGCUACCUGCCCUAUGAGGACACCGUUCUGGUCACGUACUGUGUUGCAGCCGGGUUCCUGGUGGUCCUCAUGUUAGUUCACUCUGGGCUUCUAGUCUCACCUUUUCUUUUUGGUUGGAAUCUGCUCAGAAAAUUUAAGACAACAUAAACAGCAGGAGACUUUUGUGUGCUGUAAUAAAUAAGAAAGCCAAAGAAACUGAACUUGGGGCAGUACUCCUGUGAGAUGAGGUCACCAGAGGCUGGCUUUACACACGUCACAGAAACUAUAUAUCACUGCUGCGAGUUCCUGCAGAAUAAAUAGUUGAUUGUACUGUUCUCAUGCUAUAAAAAUGGGACAUGUACUCUACAACAAGUCUUUUUUCUCAUUUUAUCAAAUAUAUGUAUAAUCAAAGAUCAUGUCUGUACAAUAUGUAAAAGCUAUUAAAGUCAUCACUUGCAUGCACUAGACUGUCCUGCCUUCCCCCAGAUGGAGCUGGACGCCUGGGAACACACUUGGGAUUGUGUGUGCAAAAACACUGGCUUUGCUUCUAUCCCCCUACGAAGUGGUCCUCAAACCCCUAUCUAUUAUAAAGCUGUACACUUAAAAUAAUAAAAGUACAGAUGCCACAAGCAGGAAUGGAUUGUUCUCGCAGACUUUUGUACUUCUGUGCUAAUAAUGGAAUCAGAGUUUUAGAGAAGUGUAAUUUUCUCUAGCAGACCAGGCUGUUAAAUCUGAAUUUAAUGCCUGUCCAUGAUCAAAGAAACUUGAAAAAAAGACUGGGAAGUGGCCUUUGACAUUUAAAAAUACAUAUGUUUUGAUGAUUCUAAGCCAGAUAAAAUAUGUUCUUUCUGUGUAUUUUCUAUGGGUCUAGCCCUGUCUCUGAAUAGGAAGCUUAGCUGUGGGGGAACUGCUGAGUGAGAACGUACAGAACAGCACACAACUGCACUUUUGUGCACAUGUGGGGGUGUAGCUCUGCCGUUCUUCAUGUUGUAUAUUGAAAGUGUGAUGGAAAGAAAAAUAAUUUCUACUUUAUAUGUCUCAUUUCAAAUCAGAGCUUUAUGCAGCAGGGAUGAGAGGCACAGGAAUUUAGUGAUUCUGACAUAAAUCAUGUGUUUAUCACACCAAUCAUCUAUAAAGCUGUCAUCCUUUCUUUCUUGGAAAAGUCAUAUUUAAAUCUGGAUGCAUUUAUGAAGGAUUAUAAAAUGCUGCCUUAUAGAGUAAACUUUAAAAUAGUAAAGACUAAAAGGAAAUGAAGUAGCAUCAGCCAGGCUGUCACUUCUGGAUUCCUAUUGUUGAACUAUAACUUUGGACAUCUUUGCAGAUUGUCCUGGACCUAAGAAAACUACCCUCGAAGCCGUGGCUGUGUAUAGAAUAUGAAGCAUCGCUGCUGUAGUGAUUCUCACUUUCUAGAUGUCGUACCAUACUAUAACUUUUCAGGCUGCACUUGGAAAUCUUUCACAUGGGAAAAACAGCAGUGUAUUUUGACUUUGCAUUUCAAAUAAAGGUUUUGUAAUAUUUCUUCUUCAAAAGGCAAA